CCGGCUUGGCCCCGCCUCCAUCCGCUGCCGGAGCGGUAACAGCGCGGAUCGUGCGUUGCUUCACGCUCCACAGAGAACGAACGAUGGGCUUCCUGCCGGACCUCUCCAUCGAGACCUGGACUCUAGUAACAGUGGUGGUUGCUCUCAUUGCAGUGUAUCUUUUCGCUCCAUAUGGCCACUUCAAGAAACUAGGCAUCCCGGGACCCACCCCUCUGCCCUUCAUCGGGACGUUCUGGGGGAACCUGCAGGGCGUCCACACGUUUGACAUACAGUGCCACCAGAAAUAUGGCAGGAUGUGGGGGCUGUACGACGGCCGGCAGCCCGUGCUGGCUGUGAUGGACACAGCGGCCAUCAAGACGAUCUUGGUUAAGGAGUGUUAUUCUGCCUUCACCAACAGACGGAAUGUCGGCCUGAAUGGACCCUUACGCGACGCUUUAACGGUGGUGGAAGACGAGGAGUGGAAGCGGAUUCGCAGCAUCCUCUCUCCGUCGUUCACCAGCGGGCGCCUGAAGGAGAUGUACACAAUAAUGUUGCACCACUCCAAUAACCUAAUCAAGAGUCUCCGCAAAAAGGUGGCGGUGGAUGAAAAGAUAGAUGUUAAAGAAGUGUUCGGACCUUACAGCAUGGAUAUAGUGGCCAGCACCGCUUUCAGCGUGGACAUCGAUUCCAUCAACCAUCCAUCUGACGCCAUAGUAACAAACAUUAAGAAACUGGUCAAGUUCAACUUCACCAAUCCCCUGAUUGUGUUAGUGGUAUUCUUUCCAUUCCUUGUGCCCAUUUUUGACAAGUUGAAUCUGUCCUUCUUGGCUUCUGAUCAGCUGACUUAUUUUUACAACUUUUUAAAGAAAAUCAAAUCGGAUCGCACCAAGAACGAGCACAAGAGUCGUGUGGACUUCAUGCAGCUAAUGGUGGAUUCCCAGAUUUCAGAGAGCAAAGGGGACAAUACGAGCUCGCAGAAAGGACUGACUGAUCAUGAGAUCCUUUCCCAGGCCCUGGUCUUUAUCUUUGCUGGCUAUGACACCACCAGCAGCACCCUGGGCUUUUUAGCCUACAACCUGGCAACGCACCCUGACGUCCAAAAGACUCUGCAAGAGGAGAUCGAUAAGACCUUCCCACAAAAAAGACAUCCCAGCUAUGAAGCCCUGAUGCAGAUGGAAUACCUGGACAUGGUGUUGAAUGAGUCCAUGAGGAUGUUCCCUGUGGGUUCCCGGAUAGAGCGAAUGACAAAGGCUACUGUUGAAGUGAACGGAGUCUCCAUCCCGAAGGGGACGAUCGUCAUGGUGCCAGUUUAUCCUCUUCACAAUGACCCCACUUUGUGGUCCGAGCCUGAGCUUUUCAAACCUGAAAGGUUCAGCAAAGAGAACAAGGACAACAUAGACCCAUAUGCAUUCCUGCCCUUUGGAGCAGGCCCCAGGAACUGCAUUGGCAUGAGAUUUGCUGUCCUGACCAUGAAGCUGGCCAUCGUGGAAGUCCUUCAGAACUUCACCUUUGUAGCUUGUGAGGAGACAGAGAUUCCACUCACGCUGGGAAAUAACAUAUUUGCUGCCCCCAAGAAUCCCAUCAAGCUGAAACUCCUGCCCAGAGAAGCUGCACAGUCUUCCUGAACCCAUAAUUGAUUAGCAAAUUCUUUCUUACAUAAUCUAUUAAUUUGCUGUUUAAUUUUACUGUUUACCCAUUGAUUUGUGAUAGAUUCUUAUUUUAUGUACUGUAGCUGAAUAAAUACUACACUGCAUAAACUGCAGUAGUUAAAUGUUAUUUGAAUUCAGUGAGCUCCACUAAAAUAAUAAUUAUGACAUGUACAAUAAUUAUUUCAAGUCAACACUCACAGAGGUAAUUACCUGUCUCUUAGUGAACUUUAAUAAAAUAUAUACAAAUAUGAA